CCACAAUACAUCCUGGGUUUAUUCCAUUUUCCAAAAUGAUUGUUUUAGAUUCUGUUUGUGAGUCACAAUUGUAAAAGGUAAGAUCCAUCCUGAUCCCCUUAUAUUUGUUCAUACGAGGGUUUAAUAAUCCCUCGCAUCCCUGCCCAUCACUCUUUCCCCUACAAUUAUGUCACCAGAGAAGUCACCGUUAACAUCGUCAGGCUUUGUCUCAUUGGAUGAGGUUAUGAAAUGAUGCACUUUGAAAUAUUUAAUAGGUUUAGGUAAGAAGCUUUCCUUCUUACGUGAACAAUCUUUGAUGUUCUCAGCAGUUCAUGUAAGGAUUUGCCUUCGUUUCGCGUUGAUUGACAAGUCACUUUCUAUAUAUUUGUCUGGCAGAAGAGACACCACAGAGAUAAGCCGAGGAACCCGACACAACUCUUCAGUUUUGCAUAGAAUCCAGUGUCAUCUGGGAGAAUGAAUAGGUGUGGAGUAACGUUGGUGUCCGUUCACAUUCUGGUCUUAACCUUGUGCGUGAAUACUCUUGCCACGUCCAAUAUAAGCCUGCGGACAUUUAUUGGCUGCGCCGUGAGGGAAUUCACCUUCCUGGCCAAGAAACCUGGGUGUAAAGGUCUACGUGUCACCACUGAUGCCUGCUGGGGGCGCUGUGAAACCUGGGAGAAGCCUGUCCUGGACCCCCCUUACAUUGAAGCUUACCAUAGAGUGUGCACAUACAAUGAAACGAAGCUUGUUACCAUCAAGUUACCAAACUGCGUUCCCGAUGUUGAUCCUUCAUUUACCUAUCCCGUGGCAAUUCGAUGUGACUGUGGCAUCUGCUCCACAUCAACCACUGAGUGUGAAACCAUUUGAGAAUUCGAUUUUGUAAGAUUUAGAACCAAACCCACGUAUGGCAUAAAUUAAAGUCAUUUUAAAAGUGCACCUUAGAAUGUAGCAGAUAAGACAUCAGUAAAUUAAAGUGUAGCAAUGCUGAUGUAAUGAUAUAACUAAGAUUAAAUUGCUGUUUGUUGAUAGCUCACAAGCCUGAAAGCUUCACUAGGCUGAGCCCUGACUGUCAAAAGAAUAGUUGGUCCAUAAUUUAAGUCAAUUCAAUUUAUUCACUGUAUUUACUUGUAAAUGUAAAUACAUAAAAAUAGAAUUGUGCUUAGUAUAAUAAACAUACAUACACAAGAUGUUCCGUUUGAAAAUUUUCAUUACAUUUUUUUGAUAUUGACACAAAUGUGGUAUAGAAAUAAUUAACAAUCUCCCAAUGCAGCUGGUUUGGAAAAUCCUUAGAAAAUCUUGUAUAAAAUAGUUUAACCAAUAGAAAAAAAUACAUACACUUCCUUAUUUUCUGCUAUUUACUAUAAUUCUAUAUUCCACAUUUAGAGAAAAAUCGCCUUAUUCGUUAAAUCUAUUCCCAACCUUGAUCUUACAACAGACGAGAGCCCACAAAGUGCUCAAUAAUUUAUUUCCAAGCAAUUCACAGAUUUCGUGUAAGUUACGUGCCCUUCAGA